CUCUUGAAUUCCCCAUUGCUGGCCCGGCCCCGCCAAUUCCCGUACGGCUCUCCGCUAUUCUCAUCGUCGACGGCAGCAACACUGCGCCACGGCCGCUGCCGGUUCCGACUCAGUUUCUCCUCCCCAGCAGCCCACUGCCUCGCGCCUCUUGAGUCUACUCCGCCCCUGCUGCUGAGGUUUCAGUUCGACAAUGGAAAAAUAUUUCAGUAAAGAGGUCACUAGUGAAUCAAGAGCAAGUAGUAAACAUGAUCAUAGUUCAACCCAGUGCCUGCCUAGUCAAACUGGGGAAUGUGAGAUUGAUGUGAACUCUUUGGAAGAUGGUUUUGGUGAUCCUAGCGACAUGGAUCUUGGUGCUGGUUUGAUAUCUUCGACUGGGAAAGACGAGCUGGAUGUUCAUAUUCGUGGUAUUAGUAGUAGUGCGCACAAUGUAGAACGUGAGGAUUUGAUGAAGCAGUCGGAAAAUGUUGAAGUUGUCAGGGGAGGACCAUCAGAUCAAACGAAGAGAGAUUACAGGGCUGCCUUGGAGACUGCAAUAGAUUGCAUGAAACUGAUGAUACGCCAAGGAUGGAUAUUUCAUGAACCAGAUGAGUAUUCGAGCAAGGACGGUCUGUUUCUUGAGCUUCUGAAGUUCACUGCUUCUUUUUCUGGUAGAGAAGAUUUGGAAAGCAUCGUGUCGGGUCAUCCUCCGAAAAUUCUCCAAAUUACUUCUCCGGAUUUAGAAAAAGACAUUGUCCGUGCAAUAGUGGCUGAGAUAACCCUGGAUAUAAUUGGACAUCUUGGAGAUGAUUUUUUUGCCAUUUUCGUGGAUGAGGCUUUUGAUGUGGAGGGAGAAGAGCAUAUGGCUGUUAUUUUACGAUAUGUGGAUCAAGAAGGAUCUGUUGAGGAGCGCCUUCUCGGUAUUUCUCGUGUUCCGGAUUCUAAAGCUUUGACAUUUAAAAUGGCAAUCGAGUCGAUGCUUGUACAACAUGGGUUGAGCAUGUCAAGGUUAAGGGGGCUCAGUUAUAAUGGAGCUAGCAACGUGAAUGGAGAAAUCAAUGGACUCAAGAAUUUGAUUUUAGCAGAAAAUCCAUCUGCUCAUUAUGUUCACUGUUCUACCCAUCAACUUGACUCAACGGUGGUUUCUACUGCUAAACAUCACGUUGAUGUUUAUAUUUUCUUUAUAACUGUCACUCGCUUGAUUAAUUUAGUGGAAGCAUAUUGUCAAGGAAGUAACAACAGUCAAUAUGCCAAGCUUGCAAAGGCUUUAUUUCACGAUGAGCCAAAGAUUGGACGAGGGUCGUAUCACGAACUUGGUCACGUAAAGGCUAGUAAUACUUAUUGGCAGUCACACUUCAAGAAACUUGUUGUCUUGGAUGUGAUGUUCUCGGACGUGAUUAAUGUGUUGGAGGCCAUUGAAGAUGAGAAACGUUACGGAGUAAGCGGUGAAGCAUUUACUCUGUUGAGAUUACUUGAAAAUUUUGAGUUCGUCUUCUUCUUGAAAAUGAUGAUUAGAGUAUUAUCGAUCACAAAUGCAUUGUCUAAUGCAUUAGAAAUGAAAGAUCAACAGAUACUAAAUGCCAUGCAACUUGUUGAUGUGGCGAGGUAUCAAUUACAAGAGGCGAGGGAGAAAGGAUGGGAUUCUUUUCUUGAUGAAGUGUUAUCUUUCUGCGAGAAGCAAUGUCUUGAUCUUCCUAAUAUGGAAGAUCUUCGUCCCAAGAGGUUUAAGGCUCCACAAAUCACUAAUUUGCAUUACUACCAAGUUGAGUUGUUUUAUACCGUUCUGGAUCUGCAACUGGAAGUGUUUAAUAGUACGUUCGAUGGGGUGACUACAGGAUUGUUGAACUGUGUUGCUUGCUUAGUUCCAGAUGAUUCCUUCAAAGGCUUCAACAAGCAAAUGGUGGCGAAGCUUGCUACAUAUUAUCCUAAUGAGUUCUCUGACGCGGACAUCAUAUCUCUGGACAGUCAAUUGGAUGCUUAUAUACAAGAUAUGCAGCUUGAUGCUAGAUUCAGUAACUUGAAAGGAAUUGAGGAGCUUUCUCGGAAAAUGGUGAUGACAAAGAAGCAUACUAUGUACCCGCUAGUUUACCUACUUGUGAAACUAGCUUUGAUCUUACCAGUAGUAGCAACAAGGGCAGGUGCUGAAAAAACUUUCACUGAGAUGAUAUUCAUGAAGGAGGAGCUUCAAAAUCGAAUUUGCGAUGAGUCGAUGAAUGACUAUCUGAUGGCAUAUAUAGAGAGAGAUGCAGUUCGACAUUUUGAUAAGGGAUGUAUUUUAGAAUAUUUGUAGAACAGUUUCAUCUAUCAAUUAGAUGCUAUUUUGUGUAGAACAGUUUCAUCUAU